UUGCCGAUGUCGAAAUGUAGUCGAAAUCCAUUCAUGAACGCUGGCGUUUCAUGUGUCGCGUGCAUUUCUUCUUUAUUUUUCUGCUCUUUUUCGAGUCUAAAAUAAGUUCGGACAUUCGCGGUACUUCUGGUGCUCGAUCUUAGCACAAAUGAUUACUGGGAGAAUAUGUGAAAUUCGCGGCGUUGGUUUUCAGCUGCUAUUACAAGCACGUGGUUGUUCGAUUGGUAAACGUCAGACACGUUUCGAACGCGUUGUUGUCGGCGAUCUUUGGCCUCGAUAGUUUUCCUGGCCAAGUGGAUGCACAGGGGACUGCCUUCUGGUGAGUUAAGAAGUACGCCAUCUUGAAGGACGAGGAGCCGAUUCGAAGAGCUUGCUCUGCUGUAAUUGGUGGCUAGCAGGAUGUGGGACGACGAGGACAGUCAUUCGUAUCGGGAGUCGGACAGUGACGACCUGGACAGCGAGCUCGAGUCAUUUCUCUACGCUACUCUGCACUACAGCACCGGGGAAGAGUGCGCAGCGCCGAAGGCAUCACCUGCUGUUGUCCCUGACGAAAGUGACGACGUGACGAUCUUAGAUGUCGUCACUUCGAAAAUACGUAAUGCCGGUGGCUGUGCAGUGAGCGCGGAAGAAUUGAAAUGCGUCUCGAAGAGGCCAAAGAGGAAAAAGAGGCGAUUAACGGCAGUUGCCUGCGAAGAACCGGGACCCAGCACAACGCCGCAGGGCCACGACGUCAUAGUGUUGAGCAGCGACGACGACGACGAGGUCAUAAUCUUUGACGAAGACAGUCAGCAGAACCUUGCUCUCAACGUGACGGAAACGCCGAGAAGCAGAGGAGCCGAAUCUGACCUGUGGCAUGUGGAUGCUGAAGACCUGUACCGCAACAGCCGAGGUUUCCGCUAUCACAACAAAGAGAAAGCCCACUGCCGCAAGUGUGAUCAAAUGGGGCAUGUGGCUAAGUUCUGCCGCAAAAAGAAGUUCAAGGUGUGCUACUGCUGCUCAGACUUGGGUCAUGAUGGUGCACGAUGUCCCAAACGGAUGUGCUCUCGUUGUUAUGGGCAAGGUCACACAGUGGCUGAGUGCAAAGAGACUGAUGUGCCUUCAUGCACCAUUUGUUACACCAAGGGCCACCCCGGCAGUCUUUGUCCUGAUCUGUGGCGGCGUUAUCACAUGACGACUGACGAUGGUCCCAUUGUGCGAGUUCAACUUAAGACAAGGCCUCCAGAGGAACGCUUCUGCUACAACUGUGCCCGUCAAGGACAUUAUGGCCAUCAAUGCCAGCAGAAAAAGCGUGGGCGGCCAUCAACACCUUUCGUUGUUUCAUACAAGGACCUAUAUCGCCCUGAGCCGCCCCCACUUGUGCUGAGAGAUGCAAAACGAUUGUACCGGGCAAACAAUAAGCGCAAGCGUAAGAACGAACGAAUGAAGGGGCUACAGGCAGUUGAGUGCAAUGGACAGGCACCACAAAGUAGUGGGCAAGCUGGCCUGCAUGAUCAACAGACAUCCCAGGCUGAUGUGCUAGCCAUUGAAGGUGCAGCGCAACCAGAGAGUAAUUGCAGUGGUGAGCAAGCUUCGGAAGACUCAGCACCUUCAGCAAAGCGGCGGAAGAAGUCCCGCAUGAAAAUGUCCAACACAAUGAGCAAGCAAGCACUAAGAAGGAAGAGGGUACGAGAGAAAAACAAGCAAAAGAAAUUGAGUCGGGAAAUUAAGAGGAAGCUUUUCCAAGGAGAAGCAGCCAAGAAAACUUCAGUGUUUGAUGAUCCUAGCUUUUACAUGCCUAACCACCGCUGCUACCAAACAUACUGGGGCCACUACUGAUGAAGGCAUCACAUAGCUGUAUCAGUCAUACUGAGUUCAGUAUGUUGAGACUGGGGUAAAUGUCAAAAUAAGCAGCCUCCUUGCAAGGUCGAGGGUACAUCUGAAUGCAAGGCUUGGACCAAGACAGCAGAGCAGAAAUAAUGAGCAGUGCAAAUAUUCUUUUUGUUGUCAUAGAGGCAUGGUGUCCACCAAAAGCCACAUGGAUUUCAUUAACAUUAUAACCCGCGUGAUACCAAGGUAAUAGGGGUGAGAAAUUAAAUGCAAGUUGGUGAUCUCAAUUUUAAUCACCUUUACAUGUAAAGGCGGGAAGAGCAGGGCAGCACAGAUGUGCAUGGUCAAAAAAACGGGCAUGCCUUUUUCUUUUCAUUUUUAAGCAAGAAGAUACGGAAUUUUUUUUAUACAUUGCCGGGAAAAAAAAGGUUAUCUGUGUGGGGGGCAUCUUUGUUGUUUUGUACCAGGCUUAUUGCAUGUACAAGAGUUUGCUGCAUUUGGAACUUGAGACUUUUGUUACUUACUGAAAAUUGAUUUCUGCAAGGGUACCCAAUGACGAGGAUGCUGUAUAUUACAGCCAGCAUUGUGCUGAAUUAAUUUAGCAUGCAUAUUUUUUAUUACUGGCACCAUCACAAAAAUUGUUGAGUGGUGCUGCCACUGAACUUACCUUAGUCUCUACAAGUUUAUUAAAAACAUUGCUGUAGU